UGAGUAGAGCAGUAAACAACAUUCACAACGAUUUCUCUUUCCUUUUAUGCUCUCUCUCUCUCUCUCUCUCUUUCUUUCUUAAUUUAUCUUGUGCAUGCCUUAUAUCAACAUAAACCUUUCAUAUUCCUUAUGCUUUCCCUUCUCUCUUUUCUCUUCUUUUGCUCUUUUCUUUUUCACAACAUCUGUUUGCAAAAUUCUUGGUUUUCACUGAAUUGAACCGCCUGUCAACAACAGUACAGUUCUAUCUCAAACCAUAAGAAAUGGUAGGCUGCAAAAUUUAUGUAAAAAACACGGAUUGGCUCACUACUCUUCUCCAUAGCGAUUUCUUUGAUUCUUGCAGCAACCAUCAAGAACGUAGAAAGAACGAGAAAAACGUGUUCUGUAUGGAUUGCAGUGUUGGGUGUUGUCGACAUUGUAUGGAGUCUCAUUGCCUUCAUAGACAACUCCAGAUCUGCAAAUAUGUUUACCAUGAUGUUGUUCGCCUUCAAGAGAUUCAAAAACAUCUAGAUUGCUCUAAAAUUCAGACCUAUAAGAUCAACGGUGAAAAGGCUAUUCAUCUGAAACCACGGCCUCAGUCUAAAGAUGCAAGACCAUCCACGAAAGCAAAGUUCGGUGCUUCUUGUGAAGCAUGUGCAAGAUAUCUGCAAGAUGUUCCCAAUCGUUUCUGCUCCAUUGCAUGCAAGGUUUCAGCUGUUUCAGUGGAGCUUAAAGAUCAAAGCCAUGAAAUCAUCUCCUUAUCAAUUCAGGAAUUUACCAACCUUUCCUGGAAGGAAAACCCCAAUGCAGAAAAGCAUUCAAGUGAGAACGAAUCGUCACUUUCCUUGACUGAUAUGUCUGAGGAUACUCAAGGCUGGAUGAAUUCAGCUUUGAAACCAAGAAGACAAUUGCACAAGAGAAAAGGCGUCCCUCGGAGGGCGCCACUAUGUUAGUCAAAACAAUAACCAUGUUCUUUUCUUUUUCUUCUUUCCCAGAUUUUAUAUAUAUAUAUAUAUAUAUGAUACAUUUAUGGUUCA